UUACGAAGAGCUUUUAGGUCAAGGGCUGCUUUCUUUCUAUCUAGGUUACUAAAGGCAUACGAGUAUUGUCGAUUACAAGUAAAAGAAUAAGGUCGCAGUUGUUGAUGAAGUCGAAAUUCGAGCGAAUUUGGUGACAGAUACCCGAAUAUUACUGCUACCAAGACGACUUUCUAUUUGUUCCAAAAUGAGCUCGUUGGUCAACGAAGAGCUAGACGAAAUACAAAUCGAAAAGCACCAUGCUUCUAAAAAAGUUCGCAACAUAAUAAUCGUUGUGCUCAUCCUAUCAACUGUCAUCUUCAUCGCCGUCCUUAUUGCGUUACUGAUACGAGGGAAGAGCUCUGAAAAUGAUGAAAAUAACGACGAAGAUUCUUCAAUUCUUAUAGCCACUGAUGGUGGAACAAUACGAGGUACUAGGAAUUCAAAUGCUUGGGUGUUCAAGGGGAUUCCCUACGCCAAGCCCCCUAUAAAUGACAUGCGAUGGAAACCACCUUUCCCAUGUGGGCAUAAUCACUGCUGGCAAGGUACUUUUAAUGCUGCUUUUUACGGUAAAGUUUGCCCUCAGUUAAACAGCGAAGAUCAAGUCAUCGGCAGCGAAGAUUGCCUUUAUUUAAAUGUUUGGACGCCAAGUGUGGAUAUCAAGCAGCCUGUACUUGUAUUUAUUCAUGGAGGCGACUUGACUUACGGAUCUGGACACGAUAGUGGGAUUCAUCCGACCCCGGAAUUUGUGAGUAACUUGGGUGUUGUCGGCAUUUCUUUCAACUACAGACUUAACGCGUUUGGAUUUCUGAGCCUAGACGCUCUCUCAGACGGCUCCAAAAGCAAUACGUCUGGAAAUUACGGAUUCAUGGAUCAAAUUAUGGCGUUGUCGUGGAUUCAUACAAAUAUUGCACGUUUCGGUGGAGAUCCCGAUCGGGUUAUACUUCUUGGUCAAAGUUCUGGUGCCACUUCCUCCCUUGCUUUGUUAGUGUCCCCGCUAGCUAAUGGACUCUUUCACGGUGCUAUCCUUAUGAGUGCAUCCCCUGUAUUCAGUAAAUCAGCCAAUGAUGCUUCUAGUGACAACAAGGUUUUUGUCGAACGUAUGGGCUGUGCCCAUGACAGCCUUGCUUCUACGCGUGAGUGCCUCUACCGUUCUAAUGUAGCUAGAAUUAUACAGAAGAGCCCGUGGGAUGUAUACCCUUACUGGAGUAUGCCAGACCUGACCGAUCUUCCGACUCCGGGAUUUUUCAGCGGUGCCUUGGCAACAGUCGAUGGGCAUGUGGUACCAUACCCACCAUUUAUUGCGUUGUCUUCCGGUAGGAGAAUCAACGAUGUACCCGUCAUUUUAGGCACAACAGCUCAGGAGAUAGACUACUUUCCCGGAAAGCUCUUCAACACAAAGGCAGACCUGAGUGACUUCAAGAGAUACGCCAGCGAGAGGCUCUCAAGAUUCCUGAGUGAUGCCGAAAUCGAGAAAGUAUUUUCAAUGUACCUGGUUGAACACAAACAUCCGCGGCUUUCGUACGCUAAUAUCGUCACGGAUAUUCGAGUCACGUGCCCAACACGUGUGCUUGCCGGUGGCGCGUCCACCGGACUGCGUAGUGUCUAUCGUUACGUGGUGACCAACUGGCCUAGUAAGCCAGUCACGCUUGUGGGAGACAAGACCAGUGCUUACGCCUUUCACAUGUGGGAUCUAUUGGCGUUUUUCGGUUUCCCUGAAGCGUUCGGCUAUUCGCCAUCUGCCAGAGAUAAGAGAUUCAUGGUCAAUUUAAGAAGGGAGCUUGGUAGAUUUAUCCAUAGCAAUAAGGUUGAGAGCUCAGGCUGGAAGCCGUAUCCUGAGGUGACCGCUCUUUUCACCGACGGCGGAAUGGACUUUGCGCGUUCAUAUUUGGAUAGAGAAUGUGACCUCUGGUUAGGGCAUGGCCUGUUUCCAUAUGGCUGGGUCAACUAGUUUACGUCGAAGACAAAACAAUAUAAAGGCAGAGCAAGACUUUUUUGAAUAAUUUAUUGAGUAUGACAGACAAUCAGUUGUAGUUACACAUUUUCCAAAAUACGUUGGUGCAAAUGGCAAAUGGCACAUGGAAGUACUAAGAUCAAAAGUUUCUUGUGGUCUUAUUUAUUUGUUAUAUUUAAAGCCGUAUUGUCACCAGUUUACUUUCGGUCGAUUACCUAACAAUAUCCGAUGAUUUUUAACGGAAAACGCGAAAAUUAUUUCAAAAUAUUGAAAGGAGUGUGUCUAUGUCUGUCUGUGCAUUGGAAGUUUCUUUGAGGAUGCGAUAGAUAAUUUAGAGCGGCUUGCCUGUUUAAUAUCUCGGAUUUUAAUAAAUUCUUUUGUCUUUUGACGGUUGAGGUUUCUGUCGGACCUCCGGAAGUAAACUGGUGACAAUGCGGCUUUAAGGUGAUAACUAAGAAUCGUAUGAUUUAUCAAUAAUUUCCUGCAUUUAAUUAAAUCGAGGCCCCUGAUUUUUUGAUGCUAGAACUGUCAUUUAGGAAUAGCCAUUUGCACGGACAAGGUCUACUGAUAGGUAUAUAGUUCUAUUCUGCAAUGACACUGCAAGUGUAGCGCCAUUCCUUCUCCAAUCCUGGAGAAAACUGUUGACACACUUCCACAUUUGGAUAAAAAAGUCGAUUGAUGUACAUUAUUCAGUUCAUAUCUUUGCUUUAUUCAUUUCCUAUCUUUGCUUUUUCGUUCAAAUCACGUGACCACAAUUUGGCACAUCCCUUGACACAAACAUGACACCUGCUAAGUUUGGUUGUGAAACCUGCCUCGUACCCAGGCGUCUGAAGUCAGUAAAAACAAGUGAAAAUAUACUAGUGAGCGCAAUGAGCCACGGGAAGGUUUAGCGCUGGCGCAAAGGACCAAGGGAAGGGUCAACGCGAGAAAUGGUUUUCUUCGCGCUUAGUCCGGUCACGCUAGUAAGCGCCUGGGUACGAGUCAGUUUUCAAACAAUGUUUCUUUCAAGAGAUAUGAAUGUUUUUGCUUUUAAUCACGUUUUUUUUCUUUAAGUGACGUCAUCGAUGACGUUACCCAACACUUGACCAUAUUGUUGCAUCCACCUACAUGACACCUACCGAGUUUGUUUGCCAUAUGAUGUUUCCUUUGUGAAAUAUUAAUAUUGUUUUUUUCUGAUGACGUCAGCAUAUUUUUUGCUUUCUAGUGACGUCAUUGAUGACGUCACAAAUCUCGUGACCACAGUUUUGCAUCUCCCUUGAUACAUACAUGAAGCCCGCCACGUUUGGUUGUCAUACGAUGCUUUUUGGGGACGGACGUCCCGAAAACUCGAGUCGACAUAUUUGUUUUGUAUAUCACUUUUUUAAGUCGUGGAUAGCGAAGCUAUUCAGGACUUUUUGCGGUUAGUGGUUGUGUCACUAAUCGUCGACUCAAGUGUAACCCAUAGCAAAUCAUAACUCUUCUAAUAUCACAACACUCUUGGCCAAUCAAAUCAAACGUUUUAGCUAAAAAGCCCGCGAAUUGUCAGCGGUUCUCCAAUCCACGUCAAAAACAAACAUGGCAGCAGUAGUUGAAUUCUUUGAAGUUGGUGAUGGUUUAGACACAGGUAGCCCAGGCAAUGGUUGCUUGUUCGUAGCUCGGAAUUUGGCUGUUCUGGGACGAGGACGAGAACUGUUGUCAAUAAAAUUGCCUUAAAACUUA